GUUACGCGUGUGCGGUUUAACUCAGUGCAUCUUGGUAGUCCUGCUGGAUCACACAGUGCAUCUUCGAAUUGUUUUCUGCUUCGCCUCGUGGGAUUGACAUUCGCGAACGGUAGUGCCAUUUCAUCGCUCGUGCAAGUGAGAAAAAAAAUUCGUGUUAAUUUGGCUGCGACAAAAAGAUCAGUGCUUGCAAGAUGAUAUUGCUUCGGAUGAUCUUAAUGGUGCUCUUUACUAUGAUGGCUACGGGAGCACCGCGAUCUUCGGUGAUCUACGCGGACGACAAAGUGCAAAAUUAUCUUAUGAAAUUUGGAUAUCUACCCCAGACGGAUGUGGAGACGGGAAACCUUAGAACCGAUGAUCAGCUCAGGGACGCUAUAAUAAAUUUACAGAAAUUCGGCGGCAUUCCCGUAACUGGUGAAAUCGAUGAAGCUACAAAGACGUUGAUGACACUUCCGCGGUGCGGACUUGCCGAUAAACCGGAUCCCAGAUACAUUAGGGUGAGGCAUAAACGAUAUACAAUCCAUGGACAACAAUGGUCACAUUGGAAUCUCACUUGGAGCCUGAGAACCGAACAACCGAGUGGCCUCGACACAGGCGGUGUUCGUUUCGAGCUAAGCAGAGCCCUCGAUCUUUGGGCGAGGAACUCGAAGCUCAUCUUCCAGGAAGUUAACAGCGAUAGAGCGGAUAUUCUGGUCUUUUUCCAUCGAGGUUAUCACGGUGAUGGAUAUCCAUUCGAUGGCAAAGGCCAGAUUCUGGCGCAUGCGUUCUUUCCUGGCAGAGAUCGCGGCGGAGACGUUCACUUCGACGAGGAAGAAAUAUGGUUGUUGCAGGACGACGACAACGAGGAAGGGACCAGCCUGUUCGCGGUGGCUGCGCAUGAAUUUGGCCACUCUCUUGGCUUGGCACAUAGCUCGGUUCCUGGAGCGCUCAUGUACCCAUGGUACCAGGGAUUGAGCUCUAAUUACGAGCUGCCGGAGGACGACAAGCACGGGAUUCAGCAGAUGUACGGUUCACCCGAAGAAAAGCUCUGGGCCAAUUUACCGAGCAGUCACUCACCUCCAGAACGACCUACAACGCCCCGCGUAACGACGACAAGUAUUAGUACGACGUACAGACCAUGGAAAACCCGACCGACUAGGCCAAAUCACUAUCCAAACGACGACCGUCCUCGACGCCCUUAUCAAUACCCUCAAAAGCCGGAUUACAGAACGGAGAGGCCGGAGGAUCGACCUCAAAGGCCUCACAAACCUCACAGACAUCACACGACUUUCCCUCCCACUACUACUACUACCACAACAACAACAACCACCAUGAGGACACCGUACACGCAAAGGCCAAGGCAUAGAUGGACACCUUCGACGCCCAAAAAUGACAUACCAGAUAAAUGUGACACAAGCUACGAUGCCAUCAGCAUUAUUCGAAGGGAAAUUUUCAUUUUUAAAGGACGAUAUCUGUGGAGGAUCGGCAAUCAUGGAUUGUUCGAAGGAUAUCCAGCAGAAAUUACACGUUUGUUUAACCUACCUGAAGAUAUCGACCACGUGGAUGCAGUUUAUGAGAGACCAGACAAGAGAAUAGUGUUUUUCAUCGACAAAAACUAUUAUGUUUUUAACGCUAAUAAUCUCGAACCAGGUUAUCCAAAACCAUUAACUAUACUCGGAUUGCCAGAAUCACUAGAAAAAGUUGACGGAGCGAUGAUUUGGGGGUACAAUGGAAAAACUUAUUUCUUCAGUGGAUCUAUGUAUUGGAGGUUUGAUGAAUCCGAAAACCACGUAGAACUUGAUUAUCCAAGAGAUAUAAGCAUGUUUGCUGGUGUUGGGAACGAUAUCGACGCUGUUUUUCAGUGGAAAGAUAGCAAAACGUACUUCUUCAAAGGAAAAGGUUUCUGGGAAUUCGAUGACCGAAGAAUGAAGGUUGCUCAUGAGAAACAAAACUUAUCGGCACCAGUUUGGAUGGGUUGCCCUCGAGAAUUGGAAACCAACGACGUUGAAAAUUAUCCAAGAAAAUCAAAAAUCAUGAUUUCAAAUGACGCGUCGACACCGUCAACAUUUUUUCUCGGGAUAGUUUUUAUAGCAUAUUUUAAUAAAUAUUUGUAAACUGUGAUAUUUAUGUAAAGCCGCGUAUAAACAUGAACGUGUACAUGUGUACACACUCCAGUCUACACGCGACUAAAUUUUAACG